UUUGAAGCUCGAGCUCCUCGCCUCGCGGUUGCGGUAGAGCACACUGGAUUGAACCAUCAGUGAACGGACAACAGGACUAUUAGCGCUCUGGGAAAAGGGUCGGGAAAAGCAGAAUUUGAUAUUUUAUUUUCAUUUGAAGACUACAUUUCUCAGUAAGAUGCAGGCGGUGCUUGACUUCGGCAGGAGCUCACCGGAGCUGAGUACCGGCACCUCAACGUUUCUACUGCUUGAGCUCCUGUUCUUCAUAUAGAAUAUUAGCUCAAAGGACCCGUUGACAGCAGAGCCAGGAUGGAUGCUAACGGCAUAUUCUCACUUCUGUUGCUGUGUUCUGUCACUGAGCUGUGUGUGUUGGCAAUCCCUGAGGGGAAUGACUCCCAGCAGCAGCAGCAUACCCAGAACGUCUACCACGACAUCGGUGUCACCAGGAACACCAUAGUCACUGCUCAGUUUGAGUGCUAUCAGAAGAUCAUGAAAAACGACAAACACAACAAAAUAGGGCCAGUUUGUAACAGGACGUGGGAUGGCUGGCUGUGCUGGGAGGACACAGAGGCAGGCUUCACUACAAACCAACACUGUCCAGACUACUUCCAAGACUUUGACACAGCAGAAAUGGCGUCCAAAGUGUGCAGUGAAACGGGUAAUUGGUUUCUACACCCGGAGAGCAACAGGACAUGGACAAACUACACCAAAUGUACGGCAUACACCAGCGCAGGAAGAGUGACAGCGAUGAAUCUCUACUACCUGGUUCUGAUUGGACAUGGACUGUCGCUAACAUCAUUGUUCUUCUCAUUGGGAAUAUUUUUCCAUUUCAAGAGUCUAAGCUGCCAGAGGAUAACGCUCCACAAAAACCUAUUUUUUUCGUUUGUGUUGAACUCAGUCAUCACCAUCAUCUGGUUGACAGCGGUGGCUAGCAACCAGGGACUAGUGCAGAGCAACCCUGUGAGCUGUAAGGUGAUCAUGUUUAUUCACCUGUACCUGUUUGGCUGUAACUACUUCUGGAUGCUGUGUGAGGGCAUCUACCUGCACACACUCAUCGUCGUGGCCGUGUUCUCUGAGAAACAACACCUCAUGUGGUACUACCUGCUUGGAUGGGGAUUUCCACUCAUACCUGCAUUGAUACAUGCAAUAGCACGAAGCUACUACUACAAUGAUAAUUGUUGGAUCAGCUCAAACACAUCUCUGCUCUACAUCAUCCAUGGUCCCAUCUGUGCUGCCCUGCUGGUUAAUCUGUUCUUCCUGUUGAACAUUGUGCGUGUCCUCAUCACCAAACUGAAGGUGACACAUCAGGCUGAAUCUAGCCUCUACAUGAAGGCUGUGAGAGCCACCCUGAUCCUGGUCCCUCUCCUGGGCAUCCAGUUUGUCUUGUUUCCCUACAAACCCCAGGGACGCUUCGCCUUGGAGAUCUACGACUAUAUUAUGAACAUCCUCAUGCACUACCAGGGUCUCCUGGUUGCCACCAUCUUCUGCUUCUUCAAUGGGGAGGUCCAAGGUGUUUUGCGACGGCACUGGAACCAGCAGAGGAUCCAGUUUGGCAGUAACUUUGCCCACGCAGACGUCUUCCGCUCAAGCUCAUACGUGGCGUCAUCCCUGACGGAGGUGCACCGCUGCUACAGCAUCGACGGGCACACCGAACACAUGAACGGCAAGAACAACUACCACGACAUCGAGACGGUGACACCCACCAUACUCCGGUCGGACAACCUGUUUGCCUGAGGCCUGAGGCUGAAGGUCGGAAGUCACGGGCCUUGGGUCUGUACAGUUACACAGUGGCAGUUCAACUUUCAGUUGAAAUGGCUGCAGACAAUUUGGAACUCUUUUUCCACCAUAUUCUAGAACAUUUUCUCAAACCUUUUGGCAGUAGCCUUCACAGCCAUUGGAUGAUGGUGAAAAAGUACAUGAAUGUUUAUAGGGAGCACUACUCAACCUCUUGAUCUGGUAAAUACAGUUACCUUCAACUGAUUCACUUUAACUUUACGAGGACUGAAUAGGCACUUAACUGGAGACACCUGUGUAAAGGAAUGGACACUACCUACACUACCUUAAGGGUUUUAGCGUAAAUAAUGGACACUACCUACACUACCUUAAGGGUUUUAGCGUAAAUAAUGGACACUACCUACACUACCUUAAGGGUUUUAGCGUAAAUAAUGGACACUAUCUACACUACCUUAAGGGUAUUAGUGUAAGGAAUAAAUCUUGCCGUUUCAUCCUGUGGACUGAAGAGCCUGCGACUCUACAACAACCUUUAACCCAAGAACCUGAGACUCUACAACAACCUCUAACCCAAGAGCCUGAGACUCUACAACAACCUCUAACCCAAGAGCCUGAGACGCUACAACAACCUCUAACCCAAGAACCUGAGACUCUACAACAACCUCUAACCCAAAAACCUGAGACUCUACAACAACCUCUAACCCAAGAUCCUGAGACUCUACAACAACCUCUGACCCAAGAGCCUGAGACUCUACAACAACCUCUAACCCAAGAGCCUGAGACUCUACAACAACCUCUAACCCAAGAGCCUGAGAAUGUACAACAACCUCUAACCCAAGAACCUGAGACUCUACAACAACCUCUAACCCAAGAGCCUGAGACUCUACAACAACCUCUAACCCAAGAGCCUGAGAAUGUACAACAACCUCUAACCCAAGAUCCUGAGACUCUACAACAACCUCUGACCCAAGAGCCUGAGACUCUACAACAACCUCUAACCCAAGAGCCUGAGACUCUACAACAACCUCUAACCCAAGAGCCUGAGAAUGUACAACAACCUCUAACCCAAGAACCUGAGACUCUACAACAACCUCUAACCCAAAACCUGAGACUCUACAACAACCUCUAACCCAAGAGCCUGAGACUCUACAACAACCUCUAACCCAAGAACCUGAGACUCUACAACAACCUCUAACCCAAGAAUCUGAGACUCUACAACAACCUCUAACCCAAGAGGAGUACAGUGCAAUUAACUUGUUGGGCCUACUGGUGAUAUAAUUACUUCCAUUCUGUAAAGGACAAAUGAAACCUAAUGUACAUGGACCUUAAGCACUGGAUUAUGUAUUAAGAUGGGCAGGCUCUUUAUGGCUCUCUUUAUGACAAGUAACUAAAGGUCACAGUGGAUGUUUUGAUACAGUGUACAGUUACAAUUGUUUUCUUUUACAGCAAUUAGCAUUGAAUGUGUUACCAUGUGUUGUUGUCUGUGGUUUGAAUUUGCAUGGUCAUCGAUGGCUACUUAUUUAUAACUAGGAUGGACCACCCAUUAGAAUGUUAAUUUCCUGUCAAUGUAUUUCCCUGUCUAGUGGUCUUCUCCCUUCUGUCUAGACUAGGGUUUAGUCCCUCUGUGGGAUUUAUGUCUGGCACAUAAAAUGACCUUGGUUUUGCCUCAGUUUUAUCUGUCAUAGUUGAAAGUAUGUAAGUCUUGUUUAAGUAUGUAUGGUUUUUUUUCUCGAAGAGUUGCUUCAUAUCCAAAUGCUGGAGAGAAUUCUGCUCACACGUGGAUACUUAAUGUAGAGGGAGAGAGAGCGCGUGAGAGAGAGCAAGAGAGAGACAGAGGGGGAGGGAGAGAGAGGGAGGAGAGGGAGGCAGAGAGUGGGAGAGAGAGAGAGAGACGGGGAGAGAGAAUGAGACAGAGAGAGAAAGAGACGGGGAGAGAGAGAGAAGGACAAAGUGUUUGUGUUUCCUGUAUAUUUCAAUAUGUAUGUCUAUGGAUAUGCCAAUAUAGAAAUACAACAUGUUCAAGGAGGAGUCUGUAGGGUAUUUAUGUUUAUGUUACCUAUCAACCAUGAGUUACCUAUCUACCAUGAGUUACCUAUCUACCAUGAGUUACCUAUCUACCAUGAGUUACCUAUCAACCAUGAGUUACCUAUCAACCAUGAGUUACCUAUCUACCAUGAGUUACCUAUCUACCAUGAGUUACCUAUCAACCAUGAGUUACCUAUCUACCAUGACUUACCUAUCAACCAUGACUUACCUAUCAACCAUGAGUUACCUAUCUACCAUGAGUUACCUAUCAACCAUGAGUUACCUAUCUACCAUGAGUUACCUAUCAACCAUGAGUUACCUAUCAACCAUGAGUUACCUAUCAACCAUGAGUUACCUAUCAACCAUGAGUUACCUAUCAACCAUGAGUUACCUAUCUACCAUGAGUUACCUAUCUACCAUGAGUUACCUAUCUACCAUGAGUUACCUAUCUACCAUGAGUUACCUAUCUACCAUGAGUUACCUAUCUACCAUGAGUUAGCUAUCUACCGUGGUAUGUCAUGUGGAUUUUGUCAGCACUGUUUUUAUGAACUUUGUAGUAGUAUUGUAUACCUUGAUAUUGUAGAACUGCAGUUCUGUUUUCAUUAUACAUGAUAACUGAUGGCUGGGCCUGACAUGAAUUAUGGAUGGUGUCUGAACUCAGAGUAAUGUUCAUUUGGUCUUUGGUAGUCAGGGAUAGGAUAUAGAAUUCAGAACAAACUGUUUUGUGUUCCACCCAAUUCUGACUUUUACUUAGGAACGCUUCAGGCAUGUUUCUCUGUUCUUCUAUGAAUCAAAUGUUUUUCCUUGCGCUGAGUGUUGACAUUGUACAGGUGCCAAACUGUUUAUUAUUUUGAUUGUGGGGAAUGCUGUACUGAAUGUUUGUGAAGUGUAAUGCAAUUAUAGGUCAUUAACAGACGUUGCUUUGA